GAUAAGGUCGCGUAACCUUCGAAGGAAACUAGUCGGUAGUCAAUUUUUUUAUGUAUACAAUCUCUUCUGUUUUUUUAUACAACUAUGAGAGAUUUUUGUACAUUAAUGAGUCCUGUAUUUUAUUUCGUUCUGUAUAUCUAGUGAAUUUAAGUUGUGUUUCGCGAAAAUUCAGCGAGGAUCGAGGUCAAUAACCUCACUUUUCAAUCAUGUUUUUACAGAUAAAUAUUUCUCCUAAAGAUGAGAGGAUUUCCGAGUCUCCUGGACAGCAUUUAAAAUUAAAAGAAGAUAUUUUCAGGGUUCUCAAACCGUUUGAGCUUCCAAGUCGGAUUUCUAUGCAGACUUUUGUUAAUACCAAAACAGAGUAUGUUUUGCAAAUUAGAAAUACGAACGACUGCGCCUUAAACGUCAACAUUACAAAAAGGCCACCUCAAGAAAGAUUCGUGGAAUUAAGUUUCACGUCUGCAUUCGUCGAAGCCAAUAGCAGUGUAAGUUUAAAAAUAACAUGGUCACCAAAAAAAUCGGGACAAAUUCGCGAAAUUCUUCAGUUAACAGACAAUUUUCAACGAUUUUACGAAAUUCUUCUCCUAAUGGACGCCAAAGUUCCUCCAAAAAAUAUCAAAAAUUCCCAAAUCACUCCCUCCAGAAAUUUUCGCGUUUCUCAGAACGAAUCCUCCUUGAAUAAAAAAUCUCUGAAACCGAGAAAUAAAAGAACGAGAAUCGAUUUCGAUCAAGUGGAUCCGAAAAAGGAAAUUUUCACUCAUCUGAAAUAUGAUCCUUUCACUGAAAAAGCAAUAAAAAAGUCCCGCAAGGAAUUUUUUAUCUUCGAAGAGACUCUAAAAAGAGAAACUAAAGAAAAAGUCGCCUCGAAUUUUUCUCUUCCAAUCAGUAAUAUUAAUUUAACCCCGAAAAAUGCCACUGAUGAAGUUUUUCAAUUUUCCCACCGGGGUAUCUCUGCCUGGUCAGAGUCAAAGAAACGACUCUCCAAUCGCGCGAAUUUUGCUUCAUCGACUCCCGCUCGGAAAGUAAUAAGUUCCCUAAAACCAUCUAAAUUCGUUCAGAAUUUCGAGAUUUUAAAACCGCCAGCACCAGAGAAAGAAAGCGUAGAAAAUAUGAAAAUUCCAGCGUUAAAAAGUAAAGAGCUCAGUAUCAAUUCUCUGAAAAAGAAGAGUCUAACUAGGAAGAAAGCAAAUCAGUCUCUAAAGACUGAUAAGAAGUCGAAUCUCGAGCUUGAUGAUCGGAGCGAUUUUAUGAUAAAUUUCGUGAAUCCUGAUCCUUUUGCCACAACCGAGGAUCCUUUCCUCUCCUGCACUUUGAACUACGACGAGAAGUGGGUCUUUCUGCAGGAAGUGGCCUUCAAAAAGUGGCUCAACACUCUCAUGACUGCGCCUGAACACUUGUCGAUCGACAUGGAAUCAACCGCCGUGGAUGUCAGCAAAGUCUGGCAAUCGUGUCGUCUGAAGGAGGAAGUACUUGCCGAAUCGAAAGAGUCAAUUUCCGCCCGAUAUCAUACCAACACUAGGUUGAACACUUUAAGAAAAGCCGCCUUUGUGAUGUUCCGGAAGGAUGAAGUAAAAGAAGCAAUCGCGUCGGCACAACACUGCAUUGAAAAUGGAUCUCUAGUCUUCAAAAAAGACAAGGAUCCCUGUCGCGAUAUCGGUUUACAGAAGGAAAUUCUCGAACUCUUUCUGAGCUACAAUCCUCUCUGGUUGAGAAUUGGGCUGGAGACUGUUUACGGGGAGACGAUUCCUCUCCAGUCGAAUAACGACUUGAUAGGGCUGACCAGAUUUCUCUUGGCGCGAUUCUUCUCUGAUCCGGUGAUUCUGAAGAAACAUUCCUAUCCAACAAUUGCCGUGAAGCUUCCGAAUUUCACAUUCCAGAUGAACAAUUUCAUGCUGAAGAUGUUCCUCCAGCUGGUUUAUUUUCUCGAUUACGCGAAAAUGAACAAACUGAUAGGUCACGAUCCCUGUCUUUUUCGGAAGAAAGCGCAGCACAAAGAGAGCCGAUCGAUUCUGCUGACCUUCUCGAGAGAAGUUCUGAGUGGAAUUGGCGACAUCACGAAAGUUCUGAGACUUGCGGGAUAUGUGGUGCAUUACAAGCAGAAUUAUCUCGACGAGUUUGAUUACGCGGUGAACGAUAUGAGUCUGGAUUUGCGGGACGGAGUGAGACUCUGCAGGACGAUGGAGUUGAUCAGAGGAAAGGGGAAUUUAACUUCCUAUUGUCGGGUUCCGGCCGUUUCCAAACUGCAGAAGAUCCACAAUGUCAAUAUCGCGCUAACGGCUCUUCUGGAUUCGGGUUAUUUUCUGAUUGGGCAGAUUGAUGCGAAGAGUAUUGUCAAUGGCGAUCGGGAGAAGACGCUCUCGCUUCUCUGGCAGAUCAUCUUCAAGUUUCAAGCUCCAAGGUUCGAGAAAGCGGCGACUUCUCUCCAAACCUGGUGGCGCUCAAAACUCUGGUACAUCCAGGUGAGGAAUUUUCUGAAGAAACGGAAAAGCAAUGCGGCUUCUGUGAUUCAGAGAAGUUGGCGGUGUUACUUGGCAAAGAGGGAAUUGAAUCAGCUGCGAGAUGAGAAUAGGAAAUCUGCGAUUCCAAGGAUCCAGAGAUUAAAUGCCUCGCGAGUGAUUCAGAAAUGGUGGAGGAGAAUUUGGAUUUUGAAAAGGGAGCGGAAUCAUUUUCUCCUGAUGAAGCACGCAGUCUGGGUUUUGGAGAAAAACUGGAUCAAGAGGAAGAUGAUUAAAGAAGAAAUGAGGAAGAAGAGUUGUCGGAAAAUUGAAAAUUGGUGGAGGGGCUUGAAAGAGGCGAAAACUAUUCAAGCCAGGUUUUCCAGGAUGAGAAAUGCGGCUCUGAUUAUUCAGAAAAAUUGGAGAAUGCUUCAGGCGAGGAGGAAUUAUUUGCUGAUCAAGUUUGCAGUCUUGAAAAUCGAAUUCUGGUAUCUGGGUCUCCUCGUUUCACGAUCGGCUCGCGAGCAAUUUUUGCGGAAGAAAAAUUCCGUGAGAAUUAUUGAAAAUUGGUGGGGAAAGUUCCUUGAGCGGAAGUCUGCUGAGAGAAAAUCGAGUAUUGUCAUUCAGAAAUAUUGGAGAUGCUACGAGGCGCGAAAGAUUUUUAAAAUAAAAAGAGAAGCGGCGAUUCGGAUACAGGAUUGGUGGCGUGAAAUUUUGAGGAAGAAGCAACUUGAGGUGGAAAAAAUUCUGGAAUUUAGGAGAACGGAAACGUUGAGGACUAUAUUGCAGAAAUCGAUUAAUAGUUUCCUGUUUUCCAAUGAUCUGGGCCGAUUGUCGAUGUGUCUCGCUUCUUUAGAUUUCAUAACGCGUUUGUCAGCAAAUGGUUGCAUUACUGUAUGCAAAGUUGGUUUAGUGGACAAAAUAUUCAUGACAUUGGUUCAAUCCAAUCGAUCUGUACCAUGGAUGGACGUCUGUACGCGAGCAAGCAGCAUUUUGAUAACCCUGGCCAAAUAUCCUCCCACCAGACCAUUCAUCUUGGAGAAAAAGUACAUAGAAACUUUGGCAAGAUUUUUGACAGUAACAGUGGAAAAAGAAAUUCAAUUAUUUCUGCAUCUCGCAACUUUAAUGUGGAUUCUCAUCGAAGAUUCUAAAUAUGCUGAGGCGCUUUUACGAAACUCGCGUUCCGCUUGGCUGCUAAAGUCUCUCUACGAUACUGUAAGUAAAAAAAUGCACAAAUUUGCAACAGCAAAUUCGGAAACAAUGGAAGUACUGCCGAAUCCGAAACCCGAUUGGGGCCUCAAACAAAAGCAACCUCGCAUUUUUGGGAAUGUUGUUCAUGCAGUUACUUCUAUAUCGGAAAGACUUUCUGAAUACUGAUUCUCAGUAAAUUAUGAAAAAAAAUAGAAUAAGCGAUUCAGUAAAGAGAUUUUAUGCAAAAAUAAUGUUAGGUUUACAAUAAUAAUUGUAUUGUAUUGA